AUGUAUAAUGUAGAUCUGCCACCAGAUCCCAAAGAGGUAGCAGCCAUCGAAGCUAGAAGAAAUCGAGAAAAGGAGCGACAGAGUCGAUUCUUCAAUGUACGGACCAGAGUCAUGGGGGUGGAUGUUGAAGCCCUGAACAACCAGGUGGAAGAACGAAAGCUUCAGGAGGCAACAGAACGGAGCAAGGAGGCAGCUUACGGUACCAACCAGGUGCAAUAUGAUCUGGUGGUUCAGAUGCUAGAGAAGGAACAGGCAGAACGGACACGUCGGCUGGCCAAGAAAUUCCGAAACUUUAGAGAACAGAGGCAGCAACUCAAGAACAGGCGUGAAUUUGACUUCUGGGAUUCAAACCGACUCUGGAGGGAGUUUCCAGCUUAUGUUGGUGACAGUGUUCCCUACUAUGGCCCAGUCAGCCUGCAGUGCUUCUCUGGGGAAGAUCUGGAGAGGGCUGCAUGUCUGAGAAUGCAGCAGGAGCAGUUCCAAUACAGCCUGGAGAGGCAGCUACAAGAGCAACAGCAAGCCAGAGUUGAUGAGAACUGUGCAGACAUGCUCAGUGAGCAGCUACGCCUAGCUGUGGACAUGCGGGCCACCCAACUGGCCAAGCUGGAGGAGUCCUGCCGCAUAGCCAUGAUGGCUGCCAGGGCCAAUGCCAACAAAGCCCAGGCAGCUAAGCUGGCUGAGCGGCAGCGCCGUGAGCAUCAGCACCAACAGGAGGCGAAACUCGUGGAGGUCCAGAACCAGAUCACAAGUGACCUACUGACUGAGAACCCACAGGUUGCCCAAAACCCCGUGGCUCCCCACAGGAUCCUGCCCUAUUGCAGGAAGGGCAUGACUCCAGAGCAGAGAGCCACCAUCAGGAAAGCACAGGAGACACAACGCCAUGAAAAGGAAGCACAGCGCCAAGCUGAACAAACACUGGAUGCCAAAUGGGAAAGCCAGGCUAUAAACUUGGCCCAGGCAACAAUGGAGCUAGAAGAACAGGAGAGGGAGCUGUGUGCUGAAUUUCGGAGGGGACUGGGCUCCUUCAACCAGCAGCUGGCUAAGGAGCAAAAAGCCCAGCAGAAUUAUCUGAAUUCAAUUAUCUAUACCAAUCAACCUACAGCCCAAUAUCAUCUGCAAUUUAACACCAACAGCCGCUGA